UCAAAAUUCGACAAGCACGCUUGACCUGGAAUGCCAGUUUUACGCGCAACGUGUAAAGGAAAUGUGUGUGAUGUGAGUUCGGUGUUCGGUGUAAAAAUAGAAGAGAACAGACGUCCUGUCGGCUGUGGCGACGAUUAGUUUCGUUUUCUUGGUAGUAGAAGCACGUUGCCGUUAACAUCGAUGGUCAUUACGUUGUUUGUCGCGCGCCAAGAAUUCGCGUCCACGCAUACCGAACUGUCACGAUUACCGCGUGUCACGAAUUUAUCUUGUAUUUUGAUCGUCGAGAACAGUUGUUAUUCAGUUUCACAAAAUUUAUACAGAUAUAUCAAAUGUGUUACACAUCGUGGAAGAUAAUUCAAACAUUUGGAAAGAAUGAAAAUAUUGGUUAUGACAGAUUCGGUAAAAACAAUGGUUAUCACGCUGAAUCGAACGUUAUUUUAUGUCGAUGGUGACGUAGUGACGUAUACGGAGAUGUGAUCAGUGUGAAGACUCCUUAAUAGCAAGGAACAUGUGCAACUACAGAAUAGUGGCGAAGCCGAUGUUGCCGGGGCACGAGCUACACUGUGACCACUCUGUUCUCGACGAACCCUGACCGAUUCCACCACUUCGUUUCACCAGCUGACUGUCGACCAGGACUGAAAACACGUUGUGGUGAAUGCGCUCGUUUAAAUAUUCGUAUGGUUGAAUCGUGAGACGCGCGCGGUCAGAGAGAAAUCGAUUUAAUGUUUAAGUGUUGUUUCGAGUUAAUGCGUACGGUGUAUAGACCGAGUUUCUUUGAGAAGUAGCGGUGUGUUCGUAAAAUUACACGUUUUCACGUACAUUCGGUACGCUAUGAACAUCAACGUUCUUGAAUGUAACGGGUGGUUUACAAGUAGACGGUCCCCUAAAAACUGAGAGGAUGUUCGCCAGGCUGUGCAGGCAGGUACCGAACGGGGACCUGAAGAGGCGACACUCGUGGAGCAGUGAGAUCGACUAUCAGCCGGCGGAAACGGAAGCCGUAGCGACACCGGGAGGAGAUCCCGCUGCCCCAUCCUCGGACGACGAGGACAGAGUCUCGUACAAGGAACAUGGGUGUUCGGUGCAGACGGUGGACCUGGUGGCGGACUGUCCUUUGCAGGUAGUGACACCUUCGUCGAGGUCGCCGUCACCGCCCAGAUCGCCGACGCCCGCGACGCCCUCGACGCCCCUCGCACCCCCGAGGAGCAUGGGUCAACGACCAAGCACCCUGUUGCGUCCCAAAAUCUCUUUGACCUGGGUCCUUCGCGGACAACAGCAACCUGCAUCCAGCAACAGUCAUUCGGCCACCAAUGGGAACGCAGGUGGGAACGGCGAUCGAGAGGGCUUGUCACGAGAUGGUAAAGAAAGAUCCUCGAAGAGGAGUGUGAAAAGUGUGAAGGAAAAAGACAGCGGUAAGGAGAAUGUCGAAACGGAAAAACGAGAGAAGAAAGUUCUGCACAGAAUAGAGAAGAUCGAAAGGACGGAGAAGAUAGAAGUUCAGGAAAAGUCAAUUAGCAAAGAAGUACUGGUCAAUGAAAGAUCACUGGACAGUCCUCUGGAGAAACAGACCGAAAAAGAAUUUUCAGGGCUAAAGGAGGCGAAGGAGAAAGAGAAAGUUAAGAGGGCAGUGUCCGAGCCGUCUCUCGUGUCACGUGAGUCAACGUCCACGCCUAGUGGUCGGGAGAAGCACAGACAUCGAAGAACCAAACGAUCUCACAAACCCAGACCGCCAAGUAGAUUUGGUUAUGAAAUUGCAGAUCUUGAUGCAUACCUUACCAAAGCCUCAAUAGAAAAACCUGCAAACAUUCCUGUUGUUCUUUCGUUUCCAUCUGUCCUGUAUCAAACCCAAGGUGGUACUCAAGACGAGAUGGCUCUCCCUCUUGGUACAGUUGUGAAUGCUGUAUUUAAGAAUCAAACUUGGUUAUACGUUCAAACUCCACAUGGUCAAGAAGGGUACGUCGGGUAUGCAGCUUGCUUACCAUUAGGAAUAUUACCACAACCAACAAGAGGACCAUGUUGGGAAGACUCUACAGACGUAUUUCCUCGUCCCUUAGGAAACAUGACCGAUACCGAAAAAUUAAGGGAUACUAGGUCAGAAUGUGGUGCUCGAGGUAGAAAUCCAAGAGUAAGACGUAGUUCUAGAGAUGCAGUAUCAGCCUGCGGGGAACGUAGUGUUGACAGAUUGUAUCUCAGAGCCGCAGCGAACGCUAGAACCAAAGGAUCUCGACAUACUUUACUCGUUAUACGUAGCGAUUAUGAGGGUCAAGGUGGAAAUGCUCUUAGCGUUUCCAAAGGCGAUGUCGUUGCGCUACUUAGCGAUCAUGUUAGUGAUUGGUUCUGGGUUCGUUCACGGGAUGGUAGAGAGGGCUUUAUACCUGCGGUGAUUGCAGGCCAUGGCUUUCUGUGACUGUUAUAUUACUAUAAUUUGUUUGAAAUUAUU